CUCCACACAGGAAGGAGAGUCAAGAAAUGAGUCAGAGAUUCCUCCUCCGCACAGAAACCAGACAAAGCAGCCUUAAAUCCCCAAAACACUACCACCAGCAUCUUCAUCAUCUUCAGCAGCAGCAGCAUGCCGUGCUGCGGAGUCUUGUGUCAGUAUGAAACCAACAAGCUGGUCCGGAUCCAGAGCGUCCGGCUCGGCUCCCUGAAGUGGAGUCUGAACGCAGCCAUCCUGCUGUUUAUCUGCAUCAUGUUGCUGUGGAACAGGAAGUACCAGGAGUUUGACCUGGUUGUGAGCUCUGUCACCACGAAGGUGAAGGGUGUAGCUCAGACCCACCUGCCCGGGGUCGGGGACGUGGUCUGGGAUGUGGUGGACUACAGUGGACCCUUACAGAGCAAAAACUCGUUCUUUGUGGUGACCAACGUCAUCGUGACAAAGAAUCAGAAACAGGGGAAAUGCCCAGAGGUUCCCCUUAAAGGCAGAAUGUGUCACACUGAUAAGGACUGUGAGAAAGGAGGCUGGGAUCAGAGGAGCCACGGGAUCAAGACAGGAUCAUGUGUGAGGUAUGAUGUGUUGAAGAAAACCUGUGAGGUGUCUGCGUGGUGUCCAGUUGAAACCAAGACGAACCCUCCAAGGCCUGCUCUGCUGGCUGCAGCUGAGAACUUCACCGUCCUAAUAAAAAACAACAUCAGGUUUCCUGCGUUCAACUACAUCCAAAGGAACAUCCUCCCACAGAUGAAUGACGCCUACCUGAGGAGCUGUCAUCGAGGAAAUGACGCGCUGUGUCCCAUCUUCAAACUGGGAGACGUCGUUCGAGAGGCUGGAGAGAAGUUCUCUGUAAUGGCCAUAGAGGGGGGCGUCAUUGGCAUCCUGAUCAACUGGGACUGCAACCUGGACCGGCUCAUGCACCGCUGCCAGCCCAAAUACACCUUCAGACGGCUGGAUGAGAAGGAGAGCAACAAGACGCUCUACCCAGGCCUCAACUUCAGAUAUGCAAAGUACAACACGGUGAACGGAGUGGAGGAGCGAACGCUGUACAAAGCCUUCGGGAUCAGGUUUGAUGUCAUGGUGUUCGGACAGGCGGGAAAGUUCAGCUUCAUUCAGCUCAUCAUCUACAUCGGCUCGACGCUGUCGUACUACGCUCUGACGACCGUGAUGAUCGACUGGCUGAUUGGAACCAGGUGUUACUCUGCAGAGGUCGGACAGAACUACUCUGAGAAGAAGGUGGAGUCAGUCCAAGACAAGCAGAAGUGUAUCCUCUGCGUGUCCUACGUCGACGAGAACAACAUUCGACUGGUGAAGAAAUCGAAGAAGAAGAGUUUACAGGACAGCAAACGGAUUUCUGUUAAGCCACGCAAGGAGGACAGUGGACACCUGAGAGCCGUCCUCUGUCUGCUCCAGCCAGCUGAACCCGACGCUCAGCCUCCCCUCGACCAUAAACCCGACCCCAGACCCUGCCGCCCAGCCUGGUGUAAGUGUGGCCGCUGCACUCCGUCCUCCCUCCCUCAGGAGGAGCUGUGCUGCCGACGGAGCGACGGCGCCUGCAUCACCUCGUCUCCUCUCUUUGAGCAGCUUGUGUUGCGUCGCUCGCUGCUGGAGGCCGUCCUCCUGUAUCGGGACCCUCUGUCUCCACCCGAAGAUCGUCACCAGCCCUCUGCCCUGCGUCACUGCGCCUACAGUCAGUACAUCAGCUGGAGGAUUGGGGUCCCACCUGAGGACACCCACCCUGCUGUCCCCAGCUGCUGCGUGUGGAGGGUGAGGGAGGAGUACCCGAGCCCGGACCGACAGUACAGCGGCUUCAGACCCGUCAGGAUGGCGUCCAUGCAGGCCUGCGCUAACGGAGAGCUGUGAGAGGAGAGCAGGGACUCCACCGCUGUCUGAGCCACUAACUGUAACUGUUCAUGUUGAUCCUGCCUCACAAAGAAAUGCAAUAACUUUAUCAGCUUGUGCUCAGUCAGAGGGGGCUGAGAGGAUGAGGAAAAACCUCACUGAGUCAAUAAAUCACUGCAGUUUCUAACAUCAUCUGUCAAAUCAUUUGGCUGCUAAUUUAAAAUAUAAGCCAUUUCUCAGUUUCACUCCCUUUAAGCAGCCUUUUGCCUUUUAUAGGGCAGAAAUAUAAUUUUUAACAUCACUAACCUGCUCAGACAAAAGAUUUCUGCUGCCAGGAAUGUGUUCAAAUCCCUCACAUCGUAUGGAAAGAUAAAGUUUUGUUCCUACAUGGAAAGAAACUCCUCAAUUUCAAACUGCAAACAGGUCAUGGCAAAGACAGAUAAAGGGUGACUUCAGUAUUUUUUACCAUGUUUUUGUGUCUAACUAAUGAGAACAACAGUUUUUGUAACUGGUCCAGUAUUCAGUGAGAUUGCUGCAAGUGGCAUCAGCAGAACAGACUGCAAUAGAACUUUGAUGAGCAAUUGCACACCGUUAAUGUACGUCCACUACAAGUGCUUGUUUUUAUCACUCGUGGGCUCAGAUUAUUAUUAUGGGUGUCUGAUCACAUUGCGGAAAGGAUCCCUACAGAGAUACAUCUUUUUUGUUUAAAGGGAUAGUGCACCCAAAAAUGAAAAUUCAGCCAUUAUCUACUCACCCAUAUGCCGAGGGAGGCUCAGGUGAAGUUCUCACAACACUUGUGGAGAUCUGAGGGGUGAGUGGGUAGCAGCCCAACUGCACAACUAAUGGCUGAUGGCGCCCCAGAUUCAAACGUCCAAAAACACAUAAUUGGAACCAUAAAAUAUCUCCAUACUGCUCGUCCGUAGUGAUCCAAGUGUCCUGAAGCCCCGACAUAAAAAGUUGUUUGGAAAAACGUCAUUUGAACUCUGUUUUUAGCCUCAUUGUAGCCUGUAGCUCUAACUGCCUCUCCUCACCCUAUCUCUACGGCUGAGCCCAGACACCCUACAGAGGAAAUUCAUAUCGGCCGCUUGUAUUAGUGACCUCAUUCUUUCGGUCACUACCCAGAGCUCAUGACCAUAGGUGAGGGUUGGGACGUAGAAGGAGCAGUAAAUCGAAAGCUUCGCCUUCAGGCUCAGUUCCCUCUUCACCAUGAUGGUCCGGCACUGCGUCACUGCAGACGCAGCACCAAACCGACAAUCCAUCUCAUGCUCUUCUCUACCCUCACUUGUGAACAAGACCCUGAGGUACUUAAUACUUGAUACUUAUGCUGAUACAGUCAAUUAAAAACUCAUUUCAAACUUUUUGUACUGGCCCGGUUAAAUAUUGCAAUAAUAAUGUUAGGUAAAGUUUGCAUCGUGCUGCGGCACACCAUCUGAGAACCACUGGCUUCGACACAAAAACAUGGGGAAAACUAGGUCCACGAAAAAAUACAUAAAAACAAAGGUAUCCUUUAAUUCAGUGUGUUGAAGACCUGAUUAUAACCCCUAGAGGUGCUGCCCCUAACAACCCUUUUAAAGCUCUGUGAUUGUAAUAACGUGCUGCAUCUUGUUUUUUAAUAUGAACAUAAACAGAAAUAUAACAACGGUUUGUGGCUUUAUGGGGAGUUCUGUGCUGGAGCUAUUUCUUCAGGUCACAGUUGUGACUCUAAAGUUUCCAGCUUUGGUUCCAUCGUGCCUGACACCAAAAUAAAAAUCUGUUCUUACUUUACUGGACAAAUCUGCCAACCUGCACCACAGCCGGAGACACUGCACAGAAAUGUUUGGUGGAUGGAUAAAGUGUUAAGUGUCAGGAAAUUAUUCCAGAUUGUAGCUUCAUCUAAAACCACAAAUUGCUGUAUCUUGUUAUAAGCCACGCCGCUGUUUCCUGCCUUAAUGCUAUGCUAACAGGCUGCUGGCUGUAGCUUCAUAUUAACCAAACAGACAACAGAAGGGUACUGAUCACUCUUGCAAAUACAUGUACAUGUGCAUGUAUUUCUCAAAAUGUUGAACUUUGAUGCACAGACAUGAGAUUGAUACCGAUCGUCUAACAAGAAAAGAGAAUAAACCUGUUUCAUAGCAUGUUGAACUUUCCCUUCAAACAUUUCCUCAUGUUUUCAUUGGUCUGGAUCUUUACCCGUGAGAAACAAAUAAAGACAAGGGUGAACUCCGCUGGAUGGUUUCUUGUAUCAGAGCUCCAGUUUGGGGGAUUUUUCUGCAAGACUCAAAAGUUUCAGCUUCGCAGACCUCGAGCAGCUGCUCUGGCUGAGAAAAGAGAGAAUGGUCCAAAAUAAGUACAUACGUCUCCAGACAAAGAUAAGAAGCUUCAUUCAUCAUACUGAGAUAUAGUUUGAGUGUGAUAGCAGGAGGAGGUCAUACAUGAACCAUAAUCUCUGCUGUGUUUGUGUUCCUCACAAAAUGACUAAAAGACGUGUUCGUCUGUGGCCCCAGUCAGACAAAUGAGCAACCUGUACAUUUAUUUUGUAACAGAGAAUAUUUCAUGUGAACAAAAAGGAGCAAAUCUUCUCAUAACGGCAACUUUUUUCAUCAUGAAGUCAAGAAAAUUACUCAGAAACACAUUCAGCCGUCAAAUAUGAACACAGUGCACCAGGGUUGUGAAAAGGGACCUGGAUCCUUUACUUGGAUGAAAGCAGUAAUAUCAGGGUACACUCAGUAUGUUCACGUGCACAGUUAAGUCGAGCUACAGUUAUAGUCUGACCAGGCAAUUUAACUGGACUACUGUCGUCCUCUCCCAGUAUACAAGCACAGGAGGAGAAUCAGUGUGUUGACCAAAGUACGUCUGACCCCGUUACG